AUUUUGUUCACAGAUGGGGGCAGUCACUUGAUGACAGGCUCUCUCACCCCACCUGAUAAACUCAAUGGUGAUAUUGUUGGGCUGCACUCACCAGGGAGUAUAGACAUGGCCACCAUUACGUCCACCAUGCAGGCUCCACCCUCACCACUGCCCACACCUUCGCCUCCCGCCCUCACAUCAAACUCCACCAGCUGCAGACAGCCUAUGGAAGUGGACACAUCGGUUGGUGGGGCCUUGUUCAACAGCAACUCUGUCCUGGGGUAAGUGUUAAUUUCUGUGAACAGACAUAUUGCUAAUAUUUUCUUCAGUUAGUUAUUUAACGUAACCUAUUCAAAUAGUCCUAAUAAGUCAAUGCCAUUGCAUUUAUUUAAUACUAGCCCACAAAAAUAAUGGCCACUGCAAUGGCCACUUUCCUUCUACAACAGUUAUUUGACUGAACAUGCAUUCAAGAAAAGCACUUUUUAAGAAUCUCAUUUAGUGCUAAUAAACUCCCCCAUCCCGGCACACCUCAGCACAUUUUUUAAGCCCCUGAACUAUAUCAAUAUUCUAAUGUCCCACCCGCUUUUACACAUAUUGAUUAAAUAUUUAAUUUGAGACUAUUUCUAUAAACCAAAUAAAAAUUAGUCAACAAAUUCACUUGCAGUAUUUUUAAGUAUCUCAUAAAGCGUAGUUAUAAGGAAUUUUAUAUUGUGCUCUGUUGAAUUCACCAUUACACCAUACCUUCUUUCAUGCCUAGAGAAGUAUAUUGAUUGAGAUUUCUAAAAGUGUUUUCUUUUUUUGCAGGCAAUUCCAGGAGCAAAGACUUACAAGGUAUGUGUUUAUGCAAUCUCAAUCUCUUCCUAAAUAAACCUUUCUCUUGCUCUUAUACUAUUGCUAUCUGACUAAAGUAAUGAAUCAAGCCUAAUCGAAAGCAAAUCUUUCUACUUAAUGUUCUAUAUAAUAUAUAUGUAUAUUAAUUUUUUUUUUAAAUCAAUUAAUUUUUUCUUUAUUUGCAGCCAUAUUUAUACAUACAUGUUUAGGACUUCUAUUCAUUAGGUUUUUUUAACUGAUCACACUGACUCUUGCAAUUUUGGCGUACAAUGUACUAUUUUGAGAUGUCUUUUACGAUUGUACACCAAGCUCUGUCAGAACUACAAUCUUAAGAGACCUGGUUGAAAAUAUACACAUUCUGGUAGUUUUUUUUUUCAGAUAAAAUAAAAUAUAAAUUAAAAGUGCAUUUUCGGUGGUUAAUUGGGGUGGUUUUUUUUGGAGGGGGGGGGGGGGGGUCUCGGUAUAAAGUAUGUACAUUCUUCAAAAAUAUUCUACAAUAUUCAUCCUGAAACUCUAAUGCUGUAAAGUAUCAUGCAAUCUUUUGUAGGAUUUAUCAUCAUAAUGCUGCCAUGUAUUUUCACAAAUGAACUGGCUAUAUUUUCACAAGUUGUAAGGAUAUUACAGUAAUACUUAGUCCACUGUAUGUUCAACUUGCAUGUGACUUAUAUUUUGUUGGGCUAUGCCAGCGCUUCUAAAAAAUUUGUUUCUCGCCACCCCUACCAAUUCAGGUUUUCACCAGGCUCUGUGUUAUAUUCUAACAAGUACACUUCCAAAUAAAAUAAAAUAUAGGGUUGGGUAAAAAUAAAUAUAACACGUAUGUAGGUCACUAACCGCCAUCUACUAACAGCAAACAGUAGUUACUCAAGUGGGUUACUGUUUGCACCAAGACCGAAAGAUGUCACAUUGGAUUAAAAGGGAAAAUUCCCCGUGAUGAAGCCACAGCAACCCAUAUAAAAAAAAAGUGUGGUCCCUGCAUGGACCAGUAAAAGUAUUAUUUAACAUCCCUUGUCCUUGUGAAGUAAAUGGAAUUUUAUAGUUUAAUUCACUGUAUUUCCUUUCUAAAGAUGAUUUUGAUUUUGGCACCUUUUGCUCCUGGCCCCAUUCUCAUGACCCUUCAAAAGGGCAAUGAGCAUCCAGGGUGAUGCAGCUUAUAAUCUGGGAGUCACUGGGUGCACCUCGGGAAAAAAAACCUGUAUCACAUAAUGUUAUAAAGAUUAUUGGAUGUUUUCUUUCUUUUUUUUAUUUCAGGGGGGGGGGGGUGCGCGAAAGUUCUGUGUACGUAUGCAAGGGGGUUUCUUUAAAAAAGUAUGCGUGCAACAAAGGGAGCCUGGGUCAUAAAAUUAAACUUUUUCUGUUGCAUACAUACUAUAUAGAUGGCCCCUCCUCACUUUUGUUUGCUUCGAUGCAGUUUGACGUAAUUUUAAGACAUAAUUAUUUCUUAAGGCUGAAUGGGGCAAGAAAAUUAGAGAAUGCAUUCUCAAUCGCUCUGUGCAGCAAUAUUAGAUUUCGACAUAUUUUAUAAGAUCUGAAGAAGCCUUUGACAUCUAUUUUUAAAAUUCGCAAAACAGCUGUAUGAUUUUUUAAUACACCCCCUUCCCUUCACCCAUUUACAGCUUUUGAUCUGACUUGGAUUUUGAAACACAUUAAAAUUCACCAGUAACUUUACUUUUAUCAGUGACAGACUGUGAUAAUGUAAUAUGCACAUUCACCUAAAUACUAACUGAUAUCUGUAGCAGAUACAAAUCUGCAAAACAAAGUAACCGCAGAUUGCAAUAUAAAUGUCAGUCAUCUACUUUUUACCUUCGGUUAACUUUUUUUGAUGUUCGUUUAACUUGAUCCCACUAGACAGGGAAUGCAAGUAGCUGUUGUAUACAUUAUAUAUACUGUAUGCUUAGUUAUUUACUGUUAAGAUACACUAUUGUACGAUUGUGUGAUGAUAUUGUACGAGUUUAAGACUAAACAGGUCUGUAACUCUGGCUUUCGUUCUUGGUAUGUGCUAAUUUCUCUUGGUAAACAGGUACCUGCUUUGUUAUGAAAAGAUCACUUUAUCACACUGAUCAAUAAUUUUCAUUUCAGAGAAGCCAUGAGGAAUUACCUGAGGAAAAAAGAUGACCAGACUCUAGUUAUUUUGCAUGCCAAAGUUGCACAAAAAUCCUAUGGUAAUGAGAAAAGGUACUGUGCUUUGUUUCUUAUUUCUAUGGAAAAAUAAGGUACACUUUUUUAAAAAACUUAUCUAAAAUUCAAAUUGUAAUUUACUUGCUUCAUCCUUCCACUCAUGCUGAUACACCAAUUUUAAAACAAAUAUAUUUUAUAACUAUAAAAAAAAAAUGCAAUGCAAAUUGAAUAUUUUUUUUUAUUUUUUAAAACAGCAUUUCUAGUGUAAAAGUUGAUGCCACUGAUACCUAUUAUGAAAUUGUAAAAUUGAUGUAUAGUUUUUGAAAAGUAUAAUUAUAUAACUUUUAUAAAAAAAAAAUUUUCCCUUGAAGAUUCUUUUGCCCCCCUCCCUGCAUCUACUUGUUUGGUAGUGGAUGGAAAGAAAAGCAAGAGCAGAUGGAGAAGGAUGGCGCAGCAGAGCAGGACACACAAGUCUGUGCAUUCAUGGGCAUUGGCAACUCUGACCAGGAAAUGGUGCAACUCAACCUGGAAGGAAAGGUGGGUGUCUCUCUGUUAACUUUCUUUGCUGCUUCAUUAAUUUCUGAUAGCCCUGUCAACAGUCUUUAGAAUAUUUUUAUACAAGUUCAAUUAUGAUGCUCUGUUGUUAUUGUCAUAGGUGACUACAUCUAUAGUAACAGUAUUUCAUAUCAGUUCCAGUACAACACUUCUACAUAACUAAUUUAGUCUCUUAGCUGCCUGCUUAGUUGUAAUCAAGGAUGUGGAGGCCUAGUGUUUUUUGAGGUGCUGCUUGGGUGGGAAAGAUGAACUGAAAUAUGUUCAAUUAUGUAAGAUAUUUUUCCUAAUUAUUAAAAGUGUUUUUGAGAGAGAGCCUUUGUAUUCCUGUAGGGAUGUGUUGUUACUUCAUAUAUGAAUGGAAACAUAGGUCUUUUUCAAGGUGUAUUAAGUUUAAAAUUCCUGUUUGCUUCAGAAGUAUUGCGCUGCCAAAACCCUGUACAUCUCAGAUUCUGACAAACGCAAGCACUUCAUGCUGACAGUUAAAAUGUUUUAUGGCAGUGGCCAUGACAUCGGUGUGUUUCAAAGUAAAAGGAUCAAAGUGAUAUCAAAGCCCUCCAAGAAAAAGCAGUCGCUAAAGAAUGCUGAUUGUAAGUUGGACUUUUUUUUUUUUUUUCCCUUUCUAAACAUUAUAGCUUUCCAUUAAAUCAUUUGACAUAAUAUGUCAUCACAUUUUUCUUAUAGUAAUGUUACAUUUACUCCUUUUUUUCCCAGUAUGCAUCGCAUCAGGCACAAAAGUGGCUUUAUUUAAUCGUCUUCGUUCUCAAACUGUCAGCACAAGAUAUCUCCAUGUGGAAAAUGGAAAUUUUCAUGCCAGCUCCACUCAGUGGGGUGCAUUUACUAUCCAUUUAUGUAAGUAGGUCGUGAACCACAACCCCCUAAUGUAACAUCAUAGGAAUUGUAGAAAUAUAUGUAGCAUAAACUGCAGAAAUGGAAGUACAUCAAUAAUGUUUAUUAAUUCAGAUUAGAAAUUUACCUGUAAAAAAAUUAAACCUUUAAUGUGACCCAAUACUGCCUAUGUUUUAAAAAUAUUUUUAAAUGGCACUAUAAACCAAUUUGUUUACAGUUAUUAUUAAUUCAUGGUCAUCAAAAAAUUUCUUGAGAUAGAGUUUUUUUUAAAAACCUUUAAACUUCCCUUUUGUUCGUGGCUGGCUAAAUCUUCAGACGGCUCAUUGACCCACUUCCCGUCAACCUAUCAAGCUGAAAUUCGGCACAUAGACUCGAUGCCGAUGACAACACAUUUUUUUCAAAUUUUCAGCCCUAUCACCCAGCCCCCAAAAAUUUGUUUUUCCUGUUUUUCAAUGGGAAUAGUAAGGAAAUAUGAUGACACAGAUUUUAUGAAAGAAAAUUUCCGAUAACUGCGCUAAAUGAGAUUCUUUUAAAAUAUCACAAGUGCAUUUGGUGGGUUAAAAUUUUCUUUUGUUUUUCUGAAAUGGUGAAAUAAAUCUGUGGUGUAAAAGUGAAGCAGGGGGCGGGGGGGACACGACUAAUUGGGAUUCAUAUAAAGUACAUUACUUGAAUACAUGUUUUGUCAACUUUUCAAACCCACCCCCCAAUGCUCAGUAUUACAUUUUAUGAAGGAUUUAUAUGAAAAAGUUUUUUUAAAUGGGUUUUUUUAAAUUUAUUAAUAAAUAAUAAAAUUAUGUUUAACAAAAAAUACUUAAUAAUUAAGCUCUUACUUUUUAUUAUCAUCUGAUUCUCAUCAGUGGAUGACGAUGAAGGUGAAUCAGAAGAGUUUACUGUCAAAGAUGGCUACAUACACUAUGGGUCUACAGUCAAGCUGGUCUGCUCAGUCACUGGGAUGGCCUUACCUCGACUGGUGAGUUUCUUGUUUCUGAAAUAAAAUUGUCACAAAAUUUGCUCUUCUGAAAGAUAAAUUAGAAAAGAGUGUUAAAAAAAAACCUUCAAGGAUCUUAUGAGGACUGUUGUCAGUGGCUUCAAGGUUCCCACCCCCCAAAACCCUCUUGGAGUAUCAUAAGAAUAGUUUAGAUUGUUUAAAAGUGGAGAAAAUGGCCUUAUUUUUUGGCUGGCUUUAAGUGGGCUUUUAUAUCAAUUUCUAUUUUGAAAGGCAUAUUCUGAAUUAAUCUCUUUUAAUUUGUUCUGAAGUUAUGAAGUAGCAUCGAAAAUAAUUUUGUGGCUAGGGGUCGCCACAGCAUGAGGAACUGUAUUUAAUGGUCGCAGCAUUAGGAAGGUUGAUAACCACUGCUUUAGAUGAUUCAUAAUAUUAAAACAUCCUGGUCAAUCUCCUCAAAUACAUUUUUAAACAGAUAAUUCGGAAAGUGGACAAGCAGACAUCUCUCUUGGAUGCUGAUGACCCGGUGUCUCAACUACACAAAUGCUCUUUUUACCUCAAAGACACAGAACGCAUGUAUUUGUGCCUCUCCCAAGAAAGGAUAAUUCAAUUUCAGGUAAGUAGGAUAAAAUCAUGAGUGAUACAAAAUAAUUGAGCCAGUCUCAAAUUGACAAAAUUUUACUGAAAUUUAUAUUGUUUAUUUUUUAAAUUUUGUUAUUACCCCUUUUUGAAUUCACCAGAUUCCACUUAAAAUUCCAUGUAUGUUUUUAAACAUUUUUCUAUUGAUUUCAUUCAUAUAUGUGUAUCUGUAUAUAAGCUUUGGGAAUUAUAGUUAAAAGUUUAUAUACAUUUUUUUAUUUUUUUAAAAGAGUAAAAGCUAUUGAAAGACUGAUGAUGUCAAGUGUCUGUGAUCUCACUGCACACUUCCCACUUGGCCAUGUCACUUUUUGUGAGACAACUCACAAUUUGUAAUUGUUCACAUUUAAAAUUGAAUUCACUGAAUUUAAGCUUGUGACAGUGGUGAAAAUUAUAUUUAAGAAAUGUCAUUUCUUUUCAGGCAACUCCAUGUCCAAAGGAAUCCAACAAGGAGAUGAUAAACGAUGGAGCAUCAUGGACAAUAAUCAGUACAGAUAAAGCUGAAUAUACUUUUUACGAGGGCAUGGGGCCAGUCAACAAACCUGUCACACCUGUUCCAGUUGUUAAUAGCUUGAAUGUAAGUCAAGAGCUGUCUUAACUGUUAAUACAUGAUUUUGAAGGGAAUACCUUUUACUAUUGAUAAGUCUACAUUAGAUGAGCUACUCUGGGGCACACAAAAGAUUUAUGAAGGCUAAUGAACUAUUCUGGGGCAUGCAAGUUACAAGGGCUACGUAGAGAAUUUUUUUAUUGUUUAGCCCUUUCAUAUUUAUAACAAAGCGCAAAGCAAAGGCUGUGAGCUUACCUUGAUAUUAAAAUGGAUAAUAUAAUUGACAGUUAUUCUUUUGAUAAACUUAUUUUUCAUGGUUGAUUUAGUGCUUUCAUUUUUAUUAUCAAAAAAAUAAAUUUAGCAGACAUUUGAUAUAGUACAUUUGAUUUCUUCUUUUGUUUUUAAAAAUUAGUUUCCAAAUUUUAGCUAGUUAUGUCCUUUUCCUUGGGAUAUGAGAGGGUUAACACCUAAAGUAGUUUAGGCAGGAGUGGGUUAAAAUCCUCUAUAACAUAAAGAAAUUCAUGCAUCAAUGAACUUAUUUUAAAAUUCCAAAUGGAAAAAAUCUAUGGGAAUCAUUCCCCAUAAGCAAUGUCACUGAUUUAUUUUUAAAAAUUGCUGUAAUAUUUAUUUAUGUUUUCAUGAACAGCUUAAUGGUGGAGGUGAUGUGGCCAUGUUAGAACUGAACGGGGAAAACUUCACAGCUGCUUUAAAAGUGUGGUUUGGGGAGGUGGAGGCAGAGACUAUGUAUAGGUGAGAAAGUGAAUGUAUUCUGGUGAAUGCCAUGUGUAGUCAGCAGACCUUAGUUUUCCAUAAGUUAAUCAUGUGUACAGGACUGUCAUGCACCAAUGAACUCAAUAGAUACAGCAACAGAAAUGUUAGUUGCCCUAGUGUAAAAUUUAGUCAACACUUGCUGUUGUUUACUUCAGAGCUGUGUGACAUAGUUUGGCGUAAUUUUGUGACAAAACAAUGUAUUGUUUCGGCUGAACCUUGUCGAUUACGGAAAUGGAGAAAACUACAGAUUUUAUUAAAAAAACUGCAACGUCAACUGCUCCACACACAGUGGUCUACUGCAGAUUUUUUUGUCUUGGAAGGGGGACAGCAAAAGCUUGGCCUGCCCUGGGUGGCACUAACCCUAGCUACGCCAUUGGCUGCAGGCUGCAAUAGUUUUUAGACUGUAAUGUCAACGGAAAAUAAAAUCAGGCUCCUAGGCUUAUUUCAAGACUGGCCCGCAUGCGCCCCGCCACGUAAAAUUUAUCACAAAUGAACUUAUUUCUUCAUUCAAUUAGCAAUUAUUUCAUUCUUGGCAUAAUCACACAUUUUGAAAAAUAUAUGCUGAGUCGUUACACGCCAUUUCAGCAUACUCGCCCCUUUUUGACUGAUUUAAAAAGAUAUUAUAAUAAAUAAUAAAAUUUAAAACAAUUUCACUAUUUUGCAAGGACUAAAAUUAAAGGAUUCUUGUAAUUACAGUUAGGUAAAGGGAACUUAUUUUCCACAAGCAUUACGCUUAAGUAUAGAAUUAGGCAAAACUAUAUUCACGUGUAUGCAAAACCGAUCCUACUAUUUUGAAUUUAUUUUUUUAAAUUCUGGGAAGGUGCCUCAGCCCCCUCAAAGUUGCAAUGACGGGGCCCAUUUUGUAAUAAAGCAAUGUAUGUAAGCGUCCACUACUCUUUGAAGUGACUUUUAUUAGACAUGCGAUGCAAAUAGUUAUUGUUUUCAUUAUACUGUAUUUUUGUUUAUUUACUAUUAAGAUACUGUUUUGUACAAUUUUGAGAUGGUAAAGUUCUAUUCUGAGAUGAUCUUGUACUAUAUUAGUGAACAACAAAAUCUCUGACAAAGGCUUUCAAGACUGUACACUAUUUGCAUGUUCUUGUUUUAAAGAGUAGUGUAAGUCAUGUUUGCUAGUUGUGCUAGUAAACCUAUCCUUGAUUUUUAAAUGCAGUCUGCGGAAGUAGUUAUUUCUUCAGAAUUGGGACGUGUUAUAGCAGUUUGGUUGCAGCUUUUGUUUUCAAUUUGUUUUGUAAUAGCAGGGAUAUUGCAUCUUACAAGCAUGUUUCUUAAGCCUCUGUCCCUAAGGAAUGCAAAAGGGUUGCAGACCUGUUAACUCUUACGAUUUUGGCAUACAAUGUACGAUUUUGAGGCCUAAAUAUUAUAUAUACUGUGUUUUUUUAACUAUUCAGAUAAUGUAUUGAACGAUUUUGUGAGGAUAGUGUACGAUUUUAAGAGUUGGAAGGUAAAGAGGUCUGGGGUUGGGUUUUUUUGGGGUCUACCAUGAGGAUGUACCAGUUCUCAAGAACAAUAUGAAACUAUAUAGGUUUCUACUUCUAUAUUUUUACAGUAUUUUCAGAUAGAUUAAAAACAAUACUUUUAAAGUUUUUUGUAGACGGAACAGUCCGAUUGGACUCCAUUCUAAUUUCUAUGUGAUUUACAUGUAAUUAUUGUUUGAUGAACAGGUGUGAUGAUAGCAUGUUGUGUGUGGUACCAGAUAUCUCUGCAUUCCGAUCUGGGGGUGUGAGAUGGGUUAGGCAACCAUUACAGGUAAGCAUUACUUGACAGAAUACAAACGUUAAUUUUUAUUUUUUAAUUUUCACAAGCUUGUUUUGUUAACCACCAGUCCAGAUUCUCUGACCAACUAUCCCUUGCUUGUUGCAGGUCCCUGUGUCUUUGGUGCGCUGCGAUGGUGUCAUCUACUCCACUGGACUCAUCUUCACCUACACGCCAGAGCCUGGACCACACCAACACUGCAAGGAGGUGGACAGAAUCUUAGGGCGUACCCCUGCCAGUCCAGACUCUACCUCAAACAACAAUUUCAGCAGUUUAUGAUAGCGGUG